AUGUUUGAGUCCGGUGAACCCUCUUCUCCCUUGCCUUCGAUCCCCAGUCCAAUCAUCCAUAAACGUAAUCGAACAUUUUCGCAGAGUGCAAGAGCCGCUGAAGCUACUGAAGAAGGAGGCGUAAUCACCUCCUUCUGUCGUGAGAAGGGUCAUGGCUUUAUUAAAGCGGACAACGGAGAGCUUUUGUUUGUUCACGUUUUCGAUAUUGAUGGUGAGGUAGUGCCUCUGGCGGGUGAUCGCGUCCUUUUUAAGAAAAUUCUCAUUCCUCCCAAAAACGAGAAGUACCAGGCUGUUCAUGUGAAAAUAGUCGACUUUGUUCCGGAGCGUCACCAGCGUUGGCAAGAAUUGCCUUGUCAGUAG